GAUGGAAACAUCAGAGCAUUACUUCUUGCUUGAAUUUGUUUUGUUUCAUUAGAAAAUUGAAAAAAACAAAACAAUCCUGCACCGAUGAAGAGUUUUAAAAAAACUUUCACUUUCGAUUUCUUUGUCGCGUAAGCUACGAGGAAAUCAUUCGUACUGCGAAUCAAUCGACUUCACCGUCGUUUGGUUGAUUUUGAGGCCGUUGUGUUAAAUACAAAGUUAAAUUCCUCCCAACUUUAGGACACACGAUGGCUAUUUUUGAUGUGAGCGGUUAUAAAAAAUAUUGUGAACUCCGUGAACAGAUUCUUCCAGCAGGAUUGACGCAUCUUGUAGACCGAACCAACCACUACAACUUUGGCACUAAAACCCAGGAGUUUGCCGUCCCUCCGGGUGUGGACCCUUCAGGGUUUCUGAAGUCCUGCAACCAUGACGGAGGCGUGUGCAUUGAAAUGAACCACGGUACCACCACCCUGGCCUUCAAAUUCAAGCACGGAGUCAUCGUGGCAGUGGACUCCAGAGCCUCAGCAGGAAACUACCUAGCAUCAAAAGAUGCCAACAAGGUGAUAGAGAUCAACUCUUACCUGCUGGGCACCAUGUCAGGUAGUGCUGCAGACUGCCAGCACUGGGAGAGACUCCUGGCCAAAGAGUGCAGGCUGUACCGGCUGAGAAACAACCAUCGGAUCUCUGUGGCUGCUGCAUCUAAGCUGCUGUCCAACAUGAUGCUGGGUUACAGAGGAAUGGGCCUCUCCAUGGGAAGCAUGAUCUGUGGAUGGGACAAGCAGGGUCCUGGUCUGUACUAUGUGGAUGAUAAUGGGACGCGUCUGUCUGGUCGUAUGUUUUCUACCGGCUGUGGAAAUAGUUACGCCUACGGUGUGGUGGACAGCGGCUAUAGGGAAGACAUGACAGUUGAGGAGGCGUAUGAGCUCGGCCGUCGAGGCAUUACACAUGCUACACACAGAGAUGCUUACUCUGGAGGGGUGGUCAACAUGUAUCACAUGAGGGAAGAUGGCUGGAUAAAGGUGUGUAAGGAUGACGUGUCGGAGCUGAUCCAUCGCUACAGAAAAGGAAUGUUCUGAGUUUCAUCAAUAAAUCCAGAUCAGCAUGUUGAAAACUGUCCAAAACAAUACUGAUGUUUUUGAAUCCACAGACCUCAAUGUAAACAGUUUUCACUGCGACUCAAAUAGAGAAUAAUUCAAAGAAAAACAGCUGGAAUAAAUCUACUGGAAAAUUAGAUUUUGUACUAAAUAUUAAGAUGUUUCCUUACAAGAUUGUACUUAUUAAAAUCAUUCCAAAUCAA